GCGUGAAUGCAGCAGCAUGUGCUGGGUCCGCUCGGCUCGGCUCGGUGGGCAGCUGUUACAGCUGGCAACUUCAACCUGCCACCUGCAAACUCACAACGCAUCCAACCUCAUCCAUUGCAACCACAAUCACGCACCAUGCGGCGGGUUUCAAUACUCCGAUCGGUUGCAUUGCAGAAGAAGCGGCCAUCACCACCAUCGGCGUUGUUCCAGCAAUCAUGUCGACGUCGCAAUCACACAGGCACACGCACAUUCCCAGCUUGGUUCGUCCGCGGCGGCACCUCCAAUGGACUCGUAAUCAGGCGGGAGCAUUUGCCCGCUAAGGAAUCUGAAUGGUACAAUAUUCUUCCUCAGGCCAUGGGAUCUGGUGAUGCUCUUCACGCACGACAGCUUGACGGUAUGGGCUCAGGUACGAGCUCCACAGCCAAGAUUGUCGUCUUGGCUCCCGGCAAAAAUGGUCACGACGUAGAGUAUACGGUUGUGCAGGCUGGUGUGCGAGAUAAUGUUCUGGAUCAAGCGGGCAACUGCGGCAACAUGACGGCCAUCAUUGGCCCUGCGGCAUGGGAUAUGGGCUAUGUGUCAGAGGAGCGCAAACAGAGCGUCCUCGAGCAACAGGGCGGCAAGCAAUGGGCAACAUUACGGACAUUCAACACAAACACGUCGAAAACAAUUGACUUGAGAUUCCGCGUGGCGGGCUCGCCGCCGACGUACUGUCCAGAGGGUGACUAUUCCAUCGCCGGUGUGGCUGGCUCGCAUUCGCCCAUCACCAUGAGCUUCAUUGACCCAGCUGGAGCCAAGACAGGCAAACAGCUGCCGACGGGUAACAAGAUCGAUACAUUGAAGCUAGAUGAUGGAAGCGAAGUGGAGGCAUCACUGGUAGAUGUUGGCAACCCAGGUGUCUUUAUCAAGGCUACAAGCAUGGGCUUUCCUGCAUCGGGCGAAGGGCUGACUCCUGCGGCCGUUGAAACAGAUACCGCGUUAAAACAAAAGUUGGAAAUGAUUCGACGAGCAGGUGCAGUCGCUAUGGGCAUGAACCCCGAGAUGGGCAGUGUCCCCAAAGUCGUCAUGGUAUAUCCUGCUGGCAGUAGACAGGACGUCGAUCUUCAGUGUUUGGCCAUGUCGAUGGGUCAGGCCCACAAAGCGGUGCCACUGACUCUGGCAUUGUGUCUGGGGGCGGCCGCACAGACUGAGGGGACACUUGCGGCAAGUAUGAUGUCUGAUGACAGCAAGGGACGGGGCGUUGUUAGAAUUGGCCAUCCAAGCGGCGAAGUGGAUGUGAGCACGACGCGAAACGGCGACAAGAUUGAAGCAGCACAGCUACUGCGGACUGCUAGAGUUAUGAUGAAGGGGGAUGUGUAUUACUAGGGCUGACAAGCCAUGUCUCUACAGAGGUACCAACAAGCUAAGAGAGCCACCUGAGUACAACUCUGCAUCUGCACUAGAUUCCGAAGCGCCUCAGCUGCAGAUUACGGGCAACCAAAAUUACGCCGACGAUCACGGCGAACUCACUCACCCAUGCUUUGCGCUAAACAAUUGACGCACAGUCCAGACGAUCGCC